UCAAAAGGAAUACUGCAUCAUUGCAUCAGCCAAGAUCCCGAGCGAUGAUUUCAUUAGGUUCGGGGUCGGAGGGUUUGCUCGGCCAUGCACCAGCCUGGUUGUCGCCCGGUUAUUCAGCCCUGCCAAGGUGCAUGUAAGUGAUACCCCAUGUCAGGUGGCUCAGACGGAUGUGAGUGUGUUGUUCUCGUUCAUGCAUACAUCACUAAUUCUGCAAUUCUGGUCUCUGGUCUCGACUCCGAGGCUGUUGUGGGGUGACGUGACCGACCGGUCAUUUUUCCCUUGGUCGCAAAAACAACAAUUGACAGUCUGGAAAUCGAGGGUCGAUCGAUUGAUGACCCGCUGUCUGUUGGCUGUCAUUCCAUUUGUUGGGUGUCGAUGGAUGGAUGCAAUGCGGAUGGGGGCUGCGAGGGUCGGUGGUGAUCACGGGAUGGACACCGGAGGACUCGGAAAAGUCCCUGACUCCAUGCAAGUACAAUGUCCACUUGCACUUUUUGAUAACUGCGAUACGCUGCCACUUGGAUAUUCGAUACUGCUUGUCAAGUGGCGCAAGAUCUUAAUCCCGGCCAACGGUUAUUGGAAAACCAGUUGCGGUCUCAAUUUCUGGCGUGGCGUUCUCACCCCCACAUUUCCCCAGGAGUGAGUCUUGUCCGCCGUAGGCAAGGCCACCACGUCCUGCAUCCAGUGACAAUGAAUCUAGUCACUCAAGAAGGUAUGUACUGACUACUCCAGGACUCAUUAUUGAUGUUUCCUGUCGGUCGGUCGGUCGCCGAUGCGGGUGUCAACCUCUCCCAGGCAAUGUGCAGCCAUGGCUUCUCAAAUAAUGGAUUUCCCGAGUGUCUCGAGUUUUGGAACGCAGUCUA